ACUUCGCAGUCGGAUAUAUACAUACAUACAUAGGUGCUCCAACCGGUUGGAUUGGCCAAUGUUUGCAUACAUUUUAUGAAAUGAAAUCCUUAUAAAUCAUCUGCUCCGCCUAUACAAAUUGCCCAAAUGGUGGAAACCGGUUCGGGUUUGAAUCCAUUCUGCGCGCGCUGCACAAAACAAAAUACGAAAUACGAAUACGAGUAUUUAGAGUACCCACAGAAGAACUCUCAAUAGUGUGCGCGCGCGCUCAUAGCAGGAAACUGCUUGCUGGUGGUUGCUAUUUAUAUUAUUUCAGAUUCCCGCCCGACACUACGCAGGCGGCAGGCAAAGCGAGCACACAGCAGAAACGAGAGAAGCCACUUGGGAGAGAAAAAUAAAUUAAAGGAGCCACACAGCACGAAAAUCAUCCAGAAAAAGCACAAGACAGAAAAGCACGCGCGUCAUCAAAACCAAAAACGUGUUGGCCAACAAACUGCCGGAAAAUUACAUAAAAGUGGAAGAAAAAGUGAACCUAAAGCAGUAGAACUGAACCAUGGCCAGUCCCAGUCCGAAUGACCUGAACGUGACAGUAGACGUGGUGCUGCCCACACUCAUUGUUGUGGCCAUGUUCGUAAUAAACGGCUUCGUCUUCCAUUAUAUCAUGCGAAAACGGCGCCAGUGGAAGGAAACGGGCGCUGUGGAAUCUGGCACUCCCGACAUUGAGAUGGAGCACCUGUAGCAUCUGUACCGAUCAAAGGCAGGCCAAAUAAGCCAGUCCGUUAGUGAGAACUAAUUCGCCUUAGCCGGUGGAUGGUUUGAGAUACUCAGCAUCGUCGAAGCUCAGCCCAACUGCAACAAAAUUGCCGCCCCAUCCAUCAGCCCCGCUGCUAAAAGCAAAUCGGGUCUCGCUCUACGGGAAUGGAGAUGCGCCACACAAAUAUUUGCCUAUACUAUAGAUAGUACAUACUAUACGGAGUGUAUACGUCGGGUACCUUUAGAUAAUUCACGUGCAUUUAAUUACGGUUUCUACGUUUGUAAGCUCAUCUUUUUCGUCAUUAAUUUUUCUACAAAAUAUACAAUAAAAAUGUGUGAAUUUUGCUAUAAAAA